AUGGACCCCGGUUCGCCCAAGUCCAUACGACUGAGCCAUGACCAGGAGGAGCGGAUACAUGCGCUUGCUAGGACGAUGUCGGGCUCGGAAUCCGUUGAACGACUUCCUGCAACAACGAGGACGGAAACAACCGCAACUGCCUCACAACACUCACAUAUCGACCCAGAAAAGUUGGCCAACCCUUUUGACGCAACCCACGGGGACGAAACGCUUGACCCGCGUUCCGAGAAGUUUGACAUCGAGAAAUGGCUCAAAUCCGUCAUGCAUAUCGUUUCACGCGACCCAGAGAACUAUCCGACACGAACAGCUGGCGUGUCCUUCCACAAUCUCAACGUUCAUGGUGUUGGCUCGCCCACAGACUACCAGAAAACUGUAGGGAAUAUCUGGUUGGGCAUGUUCAGUGCAGUCAGAGGAUGGAUAGGCAUGGGCACGGGCAAGCGCGAUAUUCAAAUCUUGCGCGACUUCGAUGGCUUGGUUAAGUCCGGCGAACUCCUUGUUGUCUUAGGACGACCGGGAAGUGGUUGCUCGACAUUCCUUAAGACUAUCGCCGGCCAGACACACGGUUUUACGGUCGACCCCGACUCCGAUAUCCAGUACCAGGGAAUUCCCAAGGAGGUCAUGCACAAUGACUUUCGUGGUGAAGUCAUCUAUAAUGCAGAAACCGACGUUCACUUCCCUCAUUUAACUGUUGGCCAGACGCUCCUCUUCGCUGCCAAGGCUCGAGUCCCUCGGACUCGUAUUGGAGGUGUAUCGCGUGACGCCUAUGCGCAACACCUUCGUGACCUUGUGAUGGCCACAUUUGGGCUCACUCACACCAUGGAUACCAAAGUCGGCAAUGACUUCGUCCGAGGUGUGAGUGGAGGCGAAAGAAAGCGCGUCAGCAUCUCCGAAACUACGCUUAGUGGAUCCCCGCUGCAAUGUUGGGACAACAGUACGCGCGGUCUUGAUAGCGCUACUGCAUUAGACUUCAUUCGAACACUCCGCCUCUCCACACAGUUCGCGGGCUCAACGGCGAUGGUCGCUAUAUAUCAAGCAUCACAAAAUGCUUAUGAUCUUUUCGACAAGGCUAUUGUUUUAUACGAAGGUCGACAAAUCUACUUCGGUCCAACGGAUAACGCCCGUCAAUUCUGGGAAUCAAGAGGCUUCGUUUGUGCACCUCGGCAAACAACGGGCGAUUUCCUAACCUCACUGACCAAUCCCGCCGAGCGCCUCAUUGCUCCUGGUUGGGAGAAUCGUGUCCCUCGCACUGCAGACGAGUUCGCCAAGGUUUGGAGGGACAGUGCCGAAUAUCAGACACUCCUCAAAGAUAUCGAAGCCUACAACAAUGAGUAUCCACUCAAUGGCGAUUCGCUCCAGAAGUUCAGGCAGUCCCGGAGAAAGCAACAGUCACGUUCGAUUCGCGCGUCCUCCCCGUAUACCAUCUCCGUUCGCCGUCAAAUUGCGCUGUGCAUGGAACGUGGAUGGCAACGACUACACGGUGAUCUCACCACAUUCAACACAACAGUCUUCGGCAAUUUCUUGAUGGCUCUCCUCAUCUCUAGUGUGUUCUACAACCUCUCCAACACGACGAGCAGCUUCUACAGCAGAGGCGCUCUUCUUUUCUAUGCAGUCCUCGUCAAUGCUUUUGCUAGUGCUCUUGAGAUUUUCACUUUAUACGCGCAACGACCUAUAGUCGAAAAACAUAAUGCAUACGCUUUAUAUCAUCCUUUCGCGGAAGCAGUUUCCUCGAUGAUUUGUGACAUACCAGCUAAAAUGAUCACGGCAACAGUCGUUAAUCUGACACUAUAUUUUAUGACCAAUCUUCGACGGGAACCUGGCGCUUUCUUCAUCUUUUACCUGUUCUCGAUCACGUGCACCCUCGUGAUGUCGAUGAUUUUCCGAACAAUUGCAUCCGUUUCUCGUUCUCUAAUCCAAGCAUUAACACCAGCGGCCGUCUUCAUCCUUGGUCUCGUCAUGUAUACGGGCUUUACGGUACCUGUGCGUGACAUGGUUGUCUGGUUCAGGUGGAUAAACUACAUCAACCCUGUCGGAUAUGCGUUCGAAUCGCUGAUGGUGAACGAGUUUUCGGGUCGGACCUAUCCUUGUGCUGCCUUCAUCCCGGCUGGGCCUGCAUAUGCCAAUGUGUCAGCACUAAACCGCAUAUGCAGCACCACGGGCGCGCGACCUGGAAACGAUUUUGUCGUUGGAGCAGAGUAUCUGGAAACGUCUUUUAGCUAUGUUCAUAGCCAUCUAUGGCGGAAUUUCGGAAUCCUUAUUGGCUAUAUGAUCGUCUUCUGUGCCACCCACCUGAUUGCCACGGAAUACAUCUCGGCUGUGAAAUCGAAGGGAGAAGUUCUGGUGUUCACUCGUGGGCGUGUCCCACACCAACGCAAGGACGACACGGAGAGUUCAACGGUCGGAGAGAAACCGACUGCCGGUAACACCUCAGCAAAGCAAGAGAGUGACAUGAAGAUCCCUAGACAGACGAAGAUCUUCAUGUGGAAGGACGUUUGCUAUGACAUCAAGCUCAAGGACAAGUCCGAUCGGCGACUACUGGACCAUGUCGAUGGCUGGGUGAAGCCUGGGACUCUGACUGCGCUUAUGGGUGUUUCCGGCGCUGGUAAAACCACGCUCUUGGAUGUAUUGGCAACUCGGACGACAAUGGGUGUUGUUACGGGCGACAUGUUGGUCAAUGGACGCCCUCGUGACCAGUCGUUCCAGCGCAAGACAGGUUAUGUCCAACAACAGGAUCUCCACCUUGCCACUUCAACCGUACGAGAGUCACUUGAAUUCAGCGCACUCCUUCGCCAACACAAGUCGAUUCCGAAGGCAGAGAAACUUGCCUAUGUGGACGAGGUUUUGGCGCUCCUUGACAUGGAAUCGUAUUCGGAGGCAAUCGUCGGUGUACCUGGAGAGGGUCUUAAUGUCGAGCAACGCAAACGGCUGACGAUCGCGGUUGAACUGGUCGCCAAACCUGAGCUCCUGGUCUUCUUUGAUGAGCCCACCAGCGGACUGGACUCGCAGACGGCCUGGUCUAUCUGUCAGUUGAUGCGCAAAUUGGCCAACCACGGUCAGGCCAUUCUCUCGACUAUCCAUCAACCUAGCGCUAUCUUAAUGCAAGAGUUUGACCGCUUGCUAUUCUUGGCCCCCGGCGGCAAGACUGUGUAUUUCGGCGAGAUUGGCGAAAACUCGAAAAUCCUCACCAGCUACUUCGAGAAAUACGGUGCUUCUCCCUGUCCUCCAGAGGCUAAUCCGGCAGAAUGGAUUCUAGAAGUUAUCGGUGCUGCUCGUGGUCAUAAAUCCGCCCAAGACUGGCCCGAGGUCUGGAAGGCUAGCGAGGAGCGUGUCGCCAUCCGCAAGGAAUUUGAUGCCAUGGCCAGCGAUUUAUCGAAGGUUCCUGAUACCGGAGAGUCUGUUGCCGGGUUCGAACUUUUCGCGAUGCCAUUCUCAACACAGCUGCAAGAAACCCUGAAGCGGGUUUGGAUCCAAUAUUGGCGAACUCCGACAUAUAUCUACUCCAAACUGGCCCUCGUCGGCAUUUCUUCACUCUUUAUCGGCUUUACCUUUUACAAGGCGGAAAAUACUCUUCAAGGGUUACAAAACCAACUGUUCUCUAUUUUCAUGCUGCUGAUCUUGUUCGGUAACUUGGAGCAGCAAAUAAUGCCUCUAUUCGUGUCGCAACGAGAACUUUACGAAGCGCGUGAGCGACCGUCGAAAGCAUACUCGUGGCGCGCAUUCUUGAUCGCUCAAAUUCUCGUCGAACUUCCGUGGCAAGCGCUCUCGGCUGUCGUGAGCUUUGUCUCGUGGUACUACCCAAUCGGUCUUUACCGCAACGCCAUGCCCUUCCAUCAAGUUAGAGAGCGUGGAGCGUUGAUGUUCUUGUUUAUCCUCCAGUUCAUGCUCUUCACUUCAACGUUCAGUCAAAUGUUAGUUGCCGGGAGUGAUAGUGCCGAAGCUGCUGGAAAUACCGGCAACCUGCUGUUUUCCUUGACCCUCCUAUUCUGUGGUGUGCUUGCUGCCCCGAGAACCUUGGGCUGGUGGAUUUGGAUGUACCGUGUUUCGCCCUUCAGCUAUCUAGUUAGCGGCAUGCUUGCAACAGGUGUUGCUAACACCGAGGUCACCUGCUCUGACAUCGAGCUCCUGCGGGUUGACCCGACGUCUGGACAAACCUGCCAGACGUAUUUCGAGCCAUAUAUCAGCCUAGCUGGCGGCAGAGUGUACAACCCGACCGCGACGAGCGGCUGCGAGUAUUGCCCCGUGGCAGAGACGAAUGUCUUCCUAGCUUCGAGCAACAUUUUCUAUUCUCAACGAUGGCGCAACUUUGGUAUCCUUUGGGUCUUCAUCCUCUUCAAUGCGUCGGCCGCCGUGUUCUUUUACUGGCUUCUACGAGUGCCCAAGGACAAGAAGACGAAGGAGCUCAAAACAAAAGAACCCACAGAAGAGACGAAAUCGGACGUUUAA